UUUUUGGUUCCAAAUCAACUAUAAAGUAUAAACGUCAUUACUCAUUAUUUAUUACUACCUACUCAUAAGUUUUUUCGUUAUCCACUUGUUCUCAGUGCUUUACCGCUGUUGGUCGUCUGGCUUUUUUGUCAAUCGUUGUUUGUUAAGGCAUUAGUCAUAUUACGGUUGGCGGUUGCGAUAUGACUAUAUUUAUAGCAACAGACUGACGACUGUCGUAGUGCCUAGACGUGCUCAGUUCUCACAGGCUGCAGCCUUAACAUAGAAAACUAAUAAAAUCCUUAGACCUACGUUCAAUGUCAAGAAGGUGUAUUUGGUGGAAUACUUAAUCGCCAAAGAUGGGCAGCAUACUCGCGCGAUUUAAAAAAAAAAAAGAUACAAAAGCAGUUUUGGAAUCCUUAGAAGAUGAAAUUAUGUACAUCGAAAAUAUGACUUCAAAUACUUCACCAAUAAAUUAUUAUAAAAUAGUGUUCCAUUCAGCUCUUAUGUAUGGAUUUAUUUGUAUACUUUAUUACUUUGGUAUAAUUCCUUAUGAAUUGUUUAAAAAUAACUAUAUCAUGGCUGUUUUUGCAGCAUACCCAAUCAUAGCUCUAUACUAUUAUAAAUUUGAUGUUUGGUAUUAUAAUCGAAAAAUAGUAACAUAUAAAAAAAAAUUAAUAGAAUUAAAAUCUGUAAAGAAAAAACUACUUGAUGAGGUAAUGGAAAAAGAAACAUUUAAAGUAGCAAAAGAAAUUUUAGAAAAAUAUGCUCCACAUCAACUUCAAUCCAUGACUUCUCAAAACUUUAUGAACCAAAGAGCACUUCCAUCUGCAAGCAAUAGGCCACCCUAUGCUUCUUCUGGUAGGCCACUGGUUAGGGCACCGAAUAUGGGUCAACCACCAUCAAUAAUGCCGUCAGCAGUUAAGCCAAGGUUAACUCUUCCAAGACCAGUACUUUCAAGGGACCGUACAAUAUUUGAUCGUUUAGCUGAUAAAGUUCUUGGCGAUGGACCUCAAAAUCGAUAUGCAUUAAUUUGUAGAACAUGUGGUUCUCAUAAUGGAAUGGCUCGGAAAGAAGAAUUCGACUUCUUAGCAUACAGAUGUGCAUAUUGUUCUCAGUGGAAUCCAUCUCUUAAGCCUAGACCUCAAUUAGCAAUUAGUUAUGACAACAGUGCAUUAACGCAAAACGGACGUGUUGCAUCUACUGAAACUAUUGAAGAAAUAACUGAUGAAAUAUCAAAAAGUGAUUCAGACACAAAUGAGAGUGAGCAUUCUGAGCAUCAACACAAAGAUUUAAUAAUUAAUGAUUCGGGUCCCACAAUUGAAGAGUUGGUGGAUCCACCAUCAUCAUCAUCACAUAAUUCAAAUUCUAAAACUGAAGACCAAGUAGAAUUAAAAGAUAACUCUGCAUCAUUAGCUGAAGAAUCAUUAUAGCGGCACUCACAAUAAAAUAAAACCAACCAUUGUGGGUAGGGGGGUAAUAAAAUGGUGUUAUAAUUAAUUUAAUUUUUUGUUGUUGUUAUAAAUUUAAUGUUUAACAGAGGUUGCAAUUAACUCCAUUAUAAUAUGGGAAUAUUUAUAAAUACAUAUUCAUAACUAAUUCUCUAAUUUAACAUUUGUUCACAACUUAAUAAUGUAUACAGGGUAUUUUAAUAUUAUAUUUGUAUUAUAUAAUCAAUCAUAAAUUAAAAUGUUUUUUAAACAACAAUGUAUUAUAGAAGUAUUUAUUAAUACUUUGCUUUUAAGGAAAUGUAUAUGUAUUCUGUGACAGAAUUUAUAUCUCCUGGUUGAUGUAAUACACAUGUUUAUUUUUUUAUUACCGACUGAUAAAUAUAAAUAUAUUGGUUAAUGCUGAAUGUUGUACGAGUUAAUAUGUAAUUUAAUUCAAUAAAUUGUUUGAAGUAUCCAAAUAA